CAUUUUUUCAUUUUACGUCUCCGUCACUCUUUCUCCCUAUCCACUAAACGCAGAUCCCAAAAACAAAAGCACAUUAGUAAAAAACACAAAAGAAACGUCCCUUUGUUUCUACGCGAUUGCCUGUAAUUUUUACCCACCAAACGGUCCCUUAAAUACCUCUCUCUUUCUCUCACAUUCAAAGCUUCUUCUGCUUAACUCCACCCUUAACAUUACAUUCUCUCAGUGUCUCUGGCAGACCGGAAAAACUGAUGACUACCUUCUCCCGAUCCAAGUCCACCGGAGCUACUGGUUUCCCCUACGACGACUACGAAGAAGAACAUAGCCCUACCAGCAUAGACUACUACGACGUUUCCAGUCCUCUGAGCUCACACGGGUCGAGAUCCGGGUCGGGACAGUUUACGAUGCUUGACCUUCUUGCGGCGGUUCUGAGGAAGUCGCUGGUGAUGUCUUGCACCAUGGAGAGAGGUGGUGAUGACGUGGCAGCCUCUAUGGAUAUAGGUUGGCCGACGGAGGUUAAGCACGUGAGUCACGUGACUUUUGAUCGGUUUAAUGGUUUUCUUGGUCUACCCUCUGAGCUCGAACCGGAGGUAUCUCCUCGAGCUCCUAGCGCCAGCGUGAGCGUCUUUGGAGUAUCAGCGAAGUCGAUGCAAUGCUCUUACGACAACAGAGGAAAUAGCGUUCCAACGAUCCUUCUCAGGAUGCAGAAACGUCUUUAUACCGAAGGAGGUCUUAAAGCUGAAGGAAUAUUCCGAAUAAAUCCAGAUAAUGCCAAAGAAGAGCAUGUCCGAAAACAGCUAAACAGCGGUGUAGUACCACGUGGGAUCGAUGUUCAUUGCUUGGCUGGUCUCAUAAAGGCCUGGUUUAGAGAGCUACCAACAGGAGUGCUUGAUGUGCUGACACCAGAGCAAGUGAUGAAAUGUAACACAGAAGAAGACUGUAGUAGGCUCGUGACUCUUCUUCCUCCGGUUGAAUCUGCACUUCUCGACUGGGCCAUCGGUCUAAUGGCUGAUGUGGUUGAGCAUGAACAGUUCAACAAAAUGAAUGCUCGCAAUGUAGCUAUGGUUUUCGCUCCAAAUAUGACCCAAAUGGCAGAUCCUUUAACUGCAUUGAUCCACGCGGUACAAGUGAUGAACUUUCUCAAGACUUUGAUCCUAAUGAACCUCAAAGAGAGGGAAAACGCAGAUGCGAAAGCAAGGUGGAUCGAGAAAAAAACAUCAGAAGAAUGGGAAUCACACCACUCUGAGAUAUUAGCCACUGAGAAAACAAGCAAUAACCCUAAGUUCUUGAGAGUGUCUACUCUGUGUAGGCUGGAGGCUGACAAUGAAGAAGAGUUUUGGAACAUUGAGAAGAGACACGAUCACAAGGAUACAUGUGAAACCAUUGGGACUGUUCAGAAGCUGUCUAAGUUCAGCAAACCGACAAAGAAACCUCUUGUAAGUAAUAAACACGAAGGAAAAAGCGCAAGAGAUGCUUGGGGUUCACGUCUCUCUUCUUUGCCUUGGUAAAUUUUUACUUACCGUCCUUUCGUUUCCUUUCUUUUCUGCUUAUGAGUGUGUAAAAAAAUAUUGUGAAAUAUGGUUAUAGGUGUUAGUUGUUUGAAAUAGGUGUUAAGUUUAUCCAAUGAACGUCAAAGAUGGAAAUAAAUGUUUAAGAGAUCA